CAACACAAACAGUUUGUGCUGCACAGAGUAAAGACCACUGACACAUUAAUUAUUGUUUCUAGCGUUAUCUUAAAAAGUGGCAAUUAUGGCAAACUCUGAAAACCAUGGAAAGGGGACGUGCAAUGAAUUACAGAUUCAAGAUAAUGGAGAUGUUUGUUCUCUAUAUUCAGACAAGACCAAGUUUGCUGUCAGAGAUGAACUGAGCUCUAGGCCUUAUCGACUGGCAGCUAUAGUUCUGGGGGUCCUAAGUGCUGUGUUUCUCUUGCUUGUAAUAGGACUAAGUGUUCACAUUAACAGGGUGAGCGACAAACAUGACAUCUUGUCUCUCAACUCAUCAAUAAACUGCUCUCAACUUGUUCAGCUGCAGUCAGACCACAGAAGCCUGACUGAGUCCAAAAAUGCACUUCAGAACCAGCAUGAUGAAGACGUAAAAAUGAUCAAAUCCCUGCAGACGAAUUUGAGCAGAGAGACAAGACUGAAGAAUGAGCUAAUCUUACAAAAUCAAAAAUUGGAAGAAGACGUAAGAAAAAUGCAAUCUCAAAUUUCAAAUCUUGCAGAAGGAAACUGUGGCAAGUGCUUGCCCAACUGGGUGCAGAUGGGCAGCACGUGUUUUUACUUUGAUGUGUCUUCAACGAUUCCAUCCAAAGGCUGGAAAGAAAGCAGGGAUGAGUGCAAGAAAAAAGGAGCUGACUUAGUCAUCAUAGAUUCAAAGGAGAAACAGGAGUUCAUCAUAAAAAACUUAAAAGAACUGAAACAAUCAUUCAGUUAUUAUAAUGGAUUUUGGAUCGGACUGAAGGAUGACCAUACAGAAGGGAUCUGGAAAUGGCUGAAUGACGCCACACUGACACAAGGGUACUGGAUGGAUGGGGAGCCAAAUGAUGAAAGGGGCAUAGAGGAUUGUGCAGCUGUGUAUUCCACCAAUAAUCCAAUGAAGGCCUGGAAUGAUGCUCCAUGUUCACACCCACUAAAAUGGAUCUGUGAGAAGGAAAUAAAUAAAACAUUCUAGAAUCCUCAGUUAAUAAUGACCAUCUUGUUUUUGCCCAUUAUUGACAGUUAUAAUUCAGCAAAGAUGAAAAAAUAUUUUAAUGAUUUAUUUUAAGUAAGCACUUCCUUUACUCUCUCUCUCUCUCUCUCUCUCUCUCACACACACACAUGAAUGAAUUCUGUUACACUUGAGUACUCUAGGACUUCAUGUUUUUAGCUACAUUGUAUAUUCUACUCAACCAAAAAAAUUCCUUGCAUGCUUCUUUAUUCCUAUUGCACUUCAUUUAUAUCCUGUCAGCACUGCAUAUGUCAUGCAUAGGGGUCCAGGGGAAAUAUUUCAUCUCACUUUGUACUACACACUGCAUAUGGUUAUGAUGACAAUAAAGAUCUGUACUUGACUUGACUAUUUUUAAGAGAAAAAAUAAAAUUCAAAUGAUUAAAAUGAUUUUUUGUUGGAAAAAUGCUAAGUUGUUUGUCCAUUUU